AUGGCGUGGCCCAAAAUAUGUGAGACACUAAACUAUAAAAGACUUUAUCUAAAAAAGGGAAAGUCACAGUGCUCUCUUAAACAAGUCCUUGAAUUCGAAAAACUCUAUAGUAGCUAUUCAAAGGAGAUUGUAAAAUUGAAGAUGUCAGAGCUGAAGCCUAUACCAAUGGAGGCUGUUGAAAUUUUGCCAAUUGACUGCUGGCAAUCUAUAUUUAAUCAUCUUGACAACCAGGGGUUGAAAGCUGUAUCUUUAGUCUGCAAGGAUUUCUUGGCAAUCUCAAAUACUUGCAAAGAGAGUUUACAAGUUUUUCACCCUGGAGUUGGAGUGCUUUCUGAACAACUCAAGAGAUUCAAACAACUCAAAAGGAUCCAUUUUAAGUGUUUUAGAGGUGAUAUAAAUAAGGCCAUUGUUGAGAUUGGCCGCUCUGACAUUAGUCUUCAAGUUCUUGAUAUUUGGCAUAGGGAGGAUGAGUUCAAGUCUGAGAGUCUCAAAGACUUGGGUUCCAAUUUAGAGGUUUUGAGCUGUUGCUCUCUAAAGGGUAAUUUGCAUGACAAUGAUCUUGUGGUAAUAGCAAAUUCGUUUCCGAAUUUGGAACAACUUUAUAUUGGAAAUUGUAAAAUUUUUCCCAAGAAUUCUUUGGCUGAAGACAGUUCUUCUCCACAGUUGCCUACUGAUUUUGGGGUUGAAAUCCUGGCAUCUAAGCUUAAGCUGUUGACAAAAAUUUGUAUCUAUGGAGAACAUUAUGUUUCAGAUCGAUCUGUUGUUGCUUUGGCAUCAAAUUGUGUUUUUCUACAAACUUUGACUAUGUGGUGUUCCAGAAACAAUGGGGUGACAGAACAUGCCAUUGGUUUUCUCCUUCGGAAUAGGCCAAACUUGGAAGCUCUUUCGAUUGGAUAUAUCAAGAUGGAUUCUUCAGGGUCUUCAAUCACUAUUGAAAAUUCAAUUAGCCAUGCCAAAGCUUUAACUUCUCUUGAGUUUUACCAAAUGGAUGUUUCUGACAUGCUUAUGAACGCAAUUGCAAAGGCAGAGCUUCGGUUAACCAAAUUUUUGCUCAAAUAUUGCAAGCAAUUUACUGUUUUGGGUUUACUUAAGGUUUUAUCUAACUACCAGCUCACUGAGUUGGCCAUUGUUGAAGCUAAUAUUGCAGAUGUAGAUAUGGAACUUGUUUUAAGCAGAGAUGUAAGCAAGCUCACCCACAUAGAAAUCAGCAAAUGCCAGGUGACAAACUCAACAUUGUUCCUACUUUCAACUAGGUGUCCUUCACUUGUAGAAAUCAGAAUGAACCAGAUAGCCCUGGAUGGACAGAUUAAUAAUGGCUACAAUAAUUUUCCAUUGCUCAAAAACCAUAGAGUCCAAAAUCUUUGUCUGACACGUUGCAAAAUCAGUGAUGAGUUGGCCAAACAAUUGGGACUCAUUUUCUCCAACUUAAAGGUUUUAGAUUUGAGCUACUGUUACCAACUCACAAGCAGUGGCAUUGAAGCUUUUUUGAAAAGUUGCAAGUUUAUUAGAAAACUCAUAGCACAAGAAUACUUUAAUGCAAAGAUCAUUGAGGCAAAUAAUUCAGAGCUUCCAGAAGUGAAUAUGGAGAGUUUAAUACUGUCAAGAUCACAGAUUGAUGAUGAAGGACUUGCAGCAAUAGCAAAGAGAUGUCCUCGAUUGAUGGUUUUUGAUUUUCGUUACUGUAAGAAAAUAACGGCUGAGGGCAUAAAGCAAAUCGUCAAAAACAUCUCAACUAUGAAAUACUUAUAUAUACGUGACUGUGAUAAUGUAAAAUGUGGUGAUUUGUUGGAAUGGAUGUUAUCUACAGGCAACUUGGCUUCCCUCAAGAUAAUAUAUAUUGGACAAAAUGACCUCACUGAGAAACACAAAGACCAAUUCUCGCACCAUGGUUGUUUGCUUCUCUAA